UCCAACUGUGGGGACUUCGCCCUCGGGAGGGGAGAAAGGAGCUGCGAAGGCCUGGAAGGAAGAGAAAGACAAAUCGCCGGCUUCUAAUUAGUCUUUUUAAUUAGAAUUUCGAAGAAAAGCUUCUCACGUUCUGCCAAGAUCUGCUGCUACAGCCUGGAGAGGGAGACUUCCUUUGGGCAGUCCUAAGUAAUGCCAACUAAUUAGCCACCGGAACGAUGGACCCCAUCGAGCAGCAACUCCUGGACCUCAACCACCAAAACAGAAUCCUUCGCCUUCAGUUGGAAGCCACGAGGGAAGCCGGAAUCCAAGCCUUAAAAUCAGCAUCCCAAAAGCUUUCUGACACCUAUAGGAAGAGAUGGGAAGAACUGAAGAAAACCCAAAAGGACGAGAAGAGACGAAUGGAGGAUACCAGGAAGGAAUGGAAGAGGAAAAUGGAGGAGGAAGAAGAGAAAAACCGAAGGCUGGCAGAAGUGGAGGAGAGGCUGAAAAGGAUGGAGGAGGAAAAACAAAUCCUAUCAGAGAAGAAAAGAAACCUGGAGGUGCUGCUUCACCAGACUCCGUUAACGACCUCUGCCAUCCACCGGAAUCCUAUUUUGGAGCGAGAGAUUCGGACUCUUGAAGAUCAGCUUCGUCACCUCCAGGUUGUGAUUGGAAGCCAGCAUCACGCUUUGCAUUGCAUUAUCUACAAUGCGGAGGAGCUGAGGAACGAAUCGAGGAGGCAGGAUGAAAGGAUUGAGGAGAUGGAGGAGAGGCUGCUGGGAUUGGAGGCGGAAAAUAAGGAGCUGAAGGCAAGAUUGACAGCUCGGCUUGGCCAAUCAGCUGCCAGACUUUCCAAAGGGGUGGGGACUGAAAGCUUUCGUCCCAUUGGUUCCUUCGAGGUGGAGCAAAGCUUCCGGAUUCGCAAUCUGUACCAAUCAGGAGGCAGAAUGAAGUCCUAGGUCCUCCAGGGCCAUAGAGUUGGUGGGUUGUUGGGUAAUGGGAAGGGGGGAGUCCUCCAAGGUCAUAGAGUUUUUGGGUGGUGGGAAGGGGAGUCCUCUAGGGUCACAGAGUUGUAGGGUAGCUGGGGUCCCCCAGGGUCAUAGAGUUGGUGGGUUGUUGGGAUCCUCCAGGGUCAUAGAGGUGUUGGGUGGUGGGAAGGGGG